CGCAGCCUCCUCCGGAAGUCCAACAGCCACGAUGCAAGUACUCACGGUGCUGAGCUGCCUGGUGGCCGCCGCCAUGGCGAGGCCGGGCUUCCUGGGCGCCGCCCCCGGCUUGUUGGGCGCGGGCUACGCCGGACCUGCGGCCUACGGCGGCUACGCGGGCGCCCACCACUUCGCGCCGGCCAACAUCGUGAUCGGACCCGGCGGCGUGCCUUUCGACACCCCCGAGGUGGCGGCCGCGCGCAAGGCCCACCUCACCUACGUGGCCGAGACGCGCGCCCGCGACGCCGCCGUCAACGCCGCCGACGCCGCCAGCGGCGCCGCCUACGCGGGCUACGCCGGCGCCGCCUACGCCGGCGCCGCCGCCGCCGGCUACGCGGGGGCCGGAGCGUACGGUCCCGCCGGCCUGGGCUACGCGGGGGCCGGCCUGGCCGCCCCCAGCAUCCUGGCGCUCAAGGCCGGACACCACCUGGGCUGA